GGGGCUAAAGAAACAAGUAAACCCUAGUUUUAAAGCAUUCUUCUUUUCCGUCGCUCUUCGUCUUCCUUAACUCAAUUUCUUAAAAAGAACGAAAAAAAAAACCCAGAAAACAAUGGGCAAUAAUAAGAACAACAAUAAGAACAAGAACAAGAAGAAGCCUGAGAACAAGAAGAAGAAGCCUGAGAACCAGAAGAAGCCUGAGAACAAGAACGAAAUCUCCCAGAAAGUGAUCGUUUUUGGUGUGAAUGAUCCAGCAUCAAGGAUAGGUUGGACUCUCUUGGCUCUUCUGUGCGUUUAUGGAGCUGUGAGUGCUGUAAGGGUGAUGAAGCUUGAAGAGGGUUUCAGCUACAAGAUUGGCCUAUCUCUAUAUGUGAUUCUUGCGGUAGCCUCCUUUUUCACUGAAACUCCAUCUAUAGUUUGUAGGGCAGGUCGUUGGGUUAGAACUUUUGUGCCUCUAAUUCUCUUCAUCAUUAUCUAUUUUAUUAUCUAUAAUUUCCAAACAUUUUGGGUCUCUGUUUUGGUUUUAUCAGUAGUUUUUGGGUUGUUUGUCUUGGUUCAACUCCUUUAUCCAGUUGAAGGCUUUUACUUUAUGUAUGUGUUAGGCAUCAUGAUGUUGGGGGGUUUCUUAGCUGUCUUUGCUUGUGAUUAUGAUCCAAAAAUCCAUCCUUUUUGGUUCUGUUUCUUGACUCUUUCCGUUUUUGAGAUGAUCAUCUAUUUUUUCAACUAUCCAGGACCGACUAAUAGGGCAUUCAGCUUCUAUUGAGCCUUCCUUUGUUUUAGAUUUUGUCAUCUUAUUAUGUUUGUAGUCUUUUUAUGUUCUUUUAAUCAACAUUGUAAUCCAUUUUCAGAUGGAAUUUGAUGUAUUUUCUUAUGGACUAUCUAGUGUUGUUUUGUUAAUCUACUUUAAUUAAUGGAUAUUUUCGUUUUGGUUA